AUGGCCUCAAAUCUUUUGGCCACGGCCUUCUGUGGUUCUGUCUUUGGUAUGGCUUUGACUGCAGCUGGGGUUCACCGUCCUGAUGUGAUCAUCGCGCAGCUUACAUUGCAGGACUUCCAUAUGCUAGAAUCAUUCCUCGCAGCUGCUGCAGGUAGUGUGGCGCUGGUCACCUUUUUUCAGCGCUUAGAUUUUACCAAACUGCCACCCCGAGGCUACUCAUCGAUGGGUCUGUUCGGAAGUCUCGACGGUAACAUCAUUGGCGGCCUCAUUCAGGGUACCGGUAUGGCUCUUGCCGGGUCGUGCCCAGGUACGGUUUUCGCACAAGUUGGCGCUGGCAUUCAAUCAGGUGUUUACACGCUCGGGGGCCUGAUUGUUGGUGGAAUAUUAUGGACUGGCUUUCUACAACCAUACCUACAAAGACGUUCCAGCAAGAAGCCAGUGCUCAGUAAACCUAUAUCCGUGGACAAAAGAUUAGGCCUCAGUCAGCUAGCUACGGUGGCGGCCAUCGAAGGAAUUUUUCUUUCAGCAAUUGCGAUAGCUGUGUCUCAAUCAAAUGGAACGACUCGAGGUCUGGUUCACCCUGUCAUCGGUGGUUUGCUGAUUGCCUGUGCUCAACUUCUCUCUGCCUCGACCCGAAAGGCGUUACUGGGAACAUCGACAGCAUUUGAAGAAGUUGGCAAUGCGUUUUGGUCGGUCAUUGGAGGUCGUAGCAGAAGCACAGGCACGCUUUCCUACGGAAAUAUUGUGUUUGUCUCCGGUAUGACGAUCGGGGCCCGCCUCCUUGCGUGGCGGUAUCCCUCAGUCUCGUUAUGGUCUACGGUGGCGUCCAACCCGUUAAGAGUCGUAACAGGCGGAGUGCUGCUCGCUAUAGGGUCAAGAUUAUCAGGUGGGUGUACAUCCGGACAUGGUAUUAGCGGCAUAUCACUACUCUCAGUCUCGAGCUACGUUACGGUGGCUGCGAUGUUCACCGGAGCCAUCAGCACUGCCCUGCUACUGUAUCGGUCUUGA